AUGGCAGGGUCAAUGAAAAAUUUAUUGGGAUCAUUGCAAACUAGUUUAAAUUCCAAACCAUAUUCUCUUGGUAAAUCAUUUAUAAAAGUUUUUAGAAAAAGUAAUGGAUUUUGUGAUUUUGAUUUCACAUUAAAAGAUGGUUCAGCCAAAGGUAUAGCUUUAAUUGAUACAAACUUUGAACCCCCUAUUAGAAUCAUGAACUAUUGUAAUGAAAUAUUUUCAAGAGAUUAUAUUAAAAAUUCAUUAAAAAAAGCGAUGGAACUUAGAGAAAAACUUUCAAAUGAUAAAAUUAUUGAUAUUGGACCAAAGUCAGCAUAUAGAUUAGUUAAUGAUGGUUCAGAUGGUUUAUCAGGAUUAACAGUUGAUGUUUUUGCUGAUUAUUUACAAAUUACUACACUUUCAGAUCAUUGGCAUCCUCAUGUUAGAUAUAUAUCAGAAUAUUUAUUAAAUGAAACUGGUAAAAAAGGAAUAUAUUGGAAAAUUAGUACAAAAGAUCAACAAAUGUCUAAACUUUAUUUAGGAAAAGGUUAUGAAUUAGAUGAAGCCAAUCAAACAACAUUGAUAAUUGAAGAGAAUGGUAUGAAAUCUUAUAUAGAUUUAUUGGAUUUAAAAUCAACAGGAUUUUAUUUAGAACAUAGAGAUAAUAGACAAAUUAUAUCAAACCUUUUCAAAGGUAGAAAUGGUGGUUCAAUUCUAAAUUUAUUUGCACAUACUUGUUCAUUUUCAAUUGCACCUUGUGUCAAUGGUCAUAAAAUUCAAACUUAUAAUAUUGAUGAGUCAAUUAAAAACUUUAAAUUUGCAGAUAGAAAUUUUAAAUUGAAUGGUUUAGAUACAAAUUAUCAUAAAUUCUCUCAAAAAGAUGUUUUCACACAAUUGGAUUAUUUAAAAUCUAAAUCCACAAGAUUUGAUGUAAUCGUUUUGGAUCCACCACCUCGUACAAAAGGUAAUGGUUUUGGUAUAUUUACAAGUAAAGAUUGUUAUAGAGAUUUAUUACAAUUGGCAAUACCAUUAUUAAAUCCUGGUGGUUUCAUUGCUUCUUUUGUAAAUACUCAAUCAAUAUCUGAAUCAAAAUGGUUAAGACAAAUUGGUGUUAAAAAUGAUUUAGAAAUUAAUGAAAAUCAUUCAAAAAAACAAAUUACAAUACCAACUGAUGAUAAUAAUAAUAAUGAUGAUUUAAAUGAAAUUUCACAAUUAAAUAUUAAAGAAGCACAAUUUUCAAAUUUUACUAAAAAUGUAUCACCAUUUAUCAAAUUACCUAAAUUUAAAGCAGUUCAAUAUUUUGAUCAAUCUCAAGAUUUUAAUGUAAGAAAAGGUGAUGAAAAUAUUGCACAACAAUUAAAAGGUGUAUUGUUAAAGAAUAAGGUUGACUAUUCAAAAACUAAAUAUUAUUCAAGUAAACAAGAUUAG